AGUUGCUAACUUUAGGGGAAAUCGACUUUCAAGCUGGCUUGGGCGCUAAUCAAAACACCUCCACACGUCUUUCCCUCUCUCUCUAGAAUCUCCUUUUCAAACAUACUUUCUCUCCUCCACCCUUCCACCCUACAACCUUAGGGUUUCAUCAUCCUCCCCAAAUUCCAGUUCGAUCGAUCUUCAUCCCAAUGGGCGACGAACCAGUGGUUCCUUCCACGUCUCAACAGCAACAACCUCCACCGCCAACUAAUGCCAACGCCGCUCCGCUUGGCCACAACGUCAUCCCAAUCGUCAACAAGCUUCAAGAUAUAUUCGCUCAACUCGGAAGCUCGUCCACUAUCGAGCUCCCUCAGGUUGCCGUUGUAGGUAGCCAGAGCAGUGGUAAAUCUAGUGUGCUUGAAGCGCUUGUAGGCCGUGAUUUUUUGCCUAGGGGUUCCGAUAUCUGUACGCGCCGACCGCUUGUGCUUCAGCUCCUUCAGAUCAAGCGGAAGCCCGAUGGGACAGAUGAAGAGUAUGGUGAAUUUUUGCACGUACCGGGGAAAAAGUUCUAUGAUUUCAAUGAAAUUCGUAGAGAAAUUCAGGCUGAGACUGACAGGGAAGCAGGGGGAAACAAGGGUGUUUCUGACAAGCAAAUCCGUUUAAAGAUUUUCUCUCCUAAUGUUCUUGACAUAACUCUGGUUGAUUUACCUGGCAUAACAAAAGUUCCUGUGGGUGAUCAGCCCUCUGAUAUUGAAGCUCGUAUCAGAACAAUGAUAAUGUCAUACAUUAAGACUCCCAGCUGUUUAAUUCUUGCUGUGACACCAGCAAAUUCAGACCUUGCCAACUCAGACGCCCUUCAGAUUGCUGGAAAUGCUGAUCCUGAUGGUUACCGAACAAUUGGUGUGAUAACAAAGUUGGACAUCAUGGAUAGAGGUACAGAUGCCCGUAACUUUUUGCUGGGAAAAGUUAUUCCCCUAAGACUUGGUUAUGUGGGUGUUGUAAAUCGUAGUCAAGAGGAUAUUAUGCUUAAUCGGACAAUUAAAGAUGCACUUGUGGCUGAGGAGAAGUUCUUUCGCAGCCGUCCGGUUUAUAAUGAGCUUGCUGAUCGUUGUGGUGUGCCUCAACUAGCAAAGAAAUUGAACCAGAUUCUGGUGCAACAUAUCAAAACAGUGCUACCAGGGUUAAAGUCUCGCAUUAGUGCUACAUUAGUUUCAGUGGCAAAAGAACAUGCUAGUUAUGGAGAGAUCACAGAGUCAAAGGCAGGCAUGGGAGCUCUUCUUUUAAAUAUUCUUUCAAAGUAUUCAGAAGCUUUCUCAUCAAUGAUUGAGGGAAAGAAUGAAGAGAUGUCCACAUCUGAGCUUUCUGGAGGAGCAAGAAUACAUUAUAUUUUCCAGUCAAUAUUUGUGAAGAGUUUGGAGGAGGUUGACCCUUGUGAGGAUUUGACUGAUGAUGACAUUCGCACAGCCAUACAGAAUGCAACUGGCCCAAGAUCUGCAUUAUUUGUGCCUGAAAUUCCUUUUGAAGUUCUUAUAAGAAGACAAAUUGCUCGAUUAUUAGAUCCAAGUGUUCAAUGUGCAAGAUUUAUUUAUGAUGAGUUAAUUAAGAUGAGUCAUCACUAUGGUCUUCAACCUUCAGAGACUAUGAUUGGACACAUUGUUGAAAUGGAGAUGGACUAUAUAAACACUUCACACCCGAAUUUUAUUGGUGGGAGUAAAGCUGUUGAAACAGCAAUGCAGCUAGUGAAGUCUUCAAAAAUUACAACCACGAAUUCAAGGCAAAAGGAUGCUGCUGAUGACAAAGCACCACAAUCUGAAAGAGGCAUCAAGUCACGUGCAAUUCUUGGUAGACAGGUCAAUGGAAUUGUCACAGAGCAGCAUAAUCAGCCUGGGUCUCGUCCAGUUGGCGAGGUUGAGAAGCCAGCAUCUGGAAGCACAAGCUGGGGGAUCUCAUCAAUUUUUGGUGGGUCAGAUAACCGAAUGUCCAUUAAAGAAAACUCCUCAAGCAAACCAUUUAAUGAACCUGUUCAUACCAUCGAUCAUAUGGAUUAUUCUUCUUCAACGAUCCAUUUAAGGGAGCCACCAACGGUUUUGAGGCCAUCUGAUGCCAAUUCUGAUCAGGAGGCUAUUGAGAUUAAUGUUACGAAAUUGUUGUUGAGAUCUUAUUAUGAUAUUGUCAGGAAGAACAUUGAGGAUUAUGUGCCCAAAGCCAUCAUGCACUUUUUGGUUAACCAUACAAAAAGAGAGUUGCACAAUGUCUUCAUUAAAAAGUUGUACAGAGAUGAUUUAUUCGAACAAAUGUUGCAAGAACCCGAUGAAGUUGCCACAAAGAGAAAACGCACCCGUGAUCUCCUCCGUGUCCUUCAACAAGCUUUUCGUACAUUGGACGAAUUACCACUAGAAGCCGAAACAGUGGAACGAGGUUACAGUUUGACCAAUAAGGAUCCGACAGGUCUCCCAACAUCAUCAUUGUAUACUUCCGGAAGCAGUUCAAUGGACUACACAGCUUCUCCCAAGAAUCAAAGAUCACGUAAUUUCUAG